CUGCCUGAAGCCUUUAACUGCAUUUCUCCUUCUGUCUUCUGGAUCUUCUUUCCUCACUUCUCAGAGAUAAACCGAAGACAGAGACAGAGAGAGGCCAGGAGAGAGAGAGGACAUGGCUGGGCCUCUCCUCUCUGCCCGCUUGUUUGUACUUGUGGAGCAAUUCUGUCUGCUAUAUCAUAUCCAUGCAGGGGCAUUUUAUGGUCACAAGUCACCCCCCCAACAGCACCAGCCUCUGCCACAGUUACCUCUUCUGUCACAUGGCAAUGAGGGGAUACCCCAUCAAACACCCCAAUACCAUUACCAUGGAAAGGAAACGGCACACUUACCAUAUGGAAAUGAGAUGCCUUUGCUUCCACAGUAUGCAAAAGAACGUCCACAGAUACCCAUGCACAUGGGUAAACCUAUUGUAGGAAAAGGUGAAACCAUUCCAAGAGGAGAGAAAGGUCCUCCUGGUGAGCCUGGUCCUAAGGGACUUCCAGGGCCUCAGGGCCCUCCUGGACUUCCUGGUCAUGGUAUCCCAGGACCUACAGGUAAACCUGGUCCUCAGGGUCCACCAGGACUCCCAGGAAUUGGAAAGCCAGGAAUGCCGGGUUUACCAGGAAAACCUGGAAGUAUAGGUUUACCAGGACCGAAGGGUGAGUUGGGACCAAUUGGUGGCGAAGGGCCAAUAGGAAUGCCAGGACCUCCAGGUCUUCCCGGGCCACAUGGCUUACCAGGUGUGUCAAAUCCAGGUGCACAAGGACUUCCAGGACAACCUGGACCUCGUGGAGAACCUGGACAAAAAGGAUUCCCUGGUAACCAUGGUCUCCCUGGGCCAAAAGGUGAGAAUGGGAUUGGCCUCCCAGGACUGCCAGGAGUAAAGGGACAUCCUGGACCUCCAGGACCUCCAGGACAAGUAGGACUACCAGGAGUUGGCAAACCAGGACUGAAUGGACUACCUGGUGCUCCUGGAGGGCAAGGUAAACCUGGUGCACCUGGAGAACCAGGAUUGGCAGGAGACCCAGGGGAGAGAGGACCACCAGGACCAUCAGGACUACCAGGCUUUGGCAAACCUGGUUUGGAUGGCUUGCCAGGGAAACCAGGUCUUCCAGGUGGAAGGGGCGAGCCAGGUCCCUCUGGUUUACCUGGAAAUCCAGGCUUGCCUGGUUUUGGCAAACCUGGAUAUCCUGGCCCUAAAGGGGAAAAAGGGCAUGGUGGUUUACCUGGCCCCCAAGGCCCUAAAGGUGAAAAGGGUCACGGUGGUCUUCCUGGAAUGACUGGACCACCAGGGCCAAGUGGCCUUCCAGGACCUCCAGGUCUCUUAGGACAACCUGGAGGUAUUGGUUUCCCUGGUCCAAAAGGAGAGGUUGGUGCAGUAGGACCUAAGGGACAACUUGGUCCAAAAGGUGAACCAGGGCCUCCAGGAUUUCCAGCCAAGCCAGGAUUCCCAGGAGAAUUGGGGCAACCAGGACCUAGAGGCUUACCGGGUCCCAUAGGACCUAAAGGUGAAAAUGGACAUAAAGGCUUACCUGGCCUACCUGGAGCCCUUGGAAAGCCUGGCGCAAAAGGAGAAAUUGGAUUCCCAGGAGAGAAAGGUCACCCAGGGUCUAUGGGAAUCCCAGGAUUAAUGGGUCAAGCAGGACCAAUAGGCCCACCUGGUCUACCAGGCCCAAAAGGGGAAUAUGGACCACCAGGAAAACCUGGAAUGCCAGGCGAGGGAAAACCUGGGCUUCCAGGCCCAUCAGGCCCACCUGGUAUACCUGGAGCUGGUGGGCCCCCAGGUCAACCUGGAAUACCUGGUCCUCCUGGCCCACCUGGCCUACCAGGACCUCCUGCUCAAUCUCCAUUUAUCGGGCAAAUCCUUCCUGAGACAGGUCCUGGGCUAGAUGGGGCAAAAGGUGGUUACAAGAAAGAAAAGCCUGGAAGAGCCGAUAUUGAUAGUAAUGGCAUAGAGAUGCCUGCUUUUACAGCUCAGCUGACAACACCAUUUCCUCCAGUUGGGCAACCUGUUGUCUUCAACACGAUUUUAUAUAAUGGUAACCAGAAUUACAACUCUCAAACUGGCAUCUUCACUUGCAAAAUACCUGGAAUUUACUACUUUGUUUACCAUGUUAAUUGCAAAGGAAACAAUGUAUGGGUGGCAUUGUACAGGAACAAUGAGCCAGUUAUGUAUACAUAUGAUGAAUACAAAAAAAGUUACCUGGAUCAGGCAUCAGGGAGUGCAGUGCUCCCCUUACAAGUUGGAGACACUGUUCAUAUCCAGUUACCAUCAGACCAAGCUGCAGGACUUUAUGCUGGUCCAUAUGUCCACUCAUCAUUCUCUGGAUAUUUGUUAUAUCCCAUGUGAAUUUGUGAAAAAAAGUCACUCGUAUAAAAUCAGUGCUACAUUUUUCUAACGUUAACUGUAUGUGCCAUCAGUACAGAGCCAGUUGUUAUGUUUGAACUGAAAAGGUAACUGACAAUUAAGUCACAUAGAUUCAGUGAUUUUUAUAGCAUAUUGUGGUACAGUGGCAA